AUGGCCAAGGUGGCUGCCGGGGGUAGUCCUGCUCAUCCCAUGGGCAAUCCUGGGGCUCCCUACUUUGGAGCAUCCUUAGACCUGGCAGGAAAGGAUGUCCCCAUUCCUUUCCCUGGGAUGGAGAAGAACCCUUGGGCAUGUGGAAAGCUGACGCCUGCCCUGGGCAUGGCCAUGAGGGAGGCCCUGAGUCUGGAACCAGCCUCGGGCCUGGAGCUCAGCACAGACAUGGAGGGGGUGUCCUUGUGCCAUCCUCUAGGGUUCCGGACUGAUUCGGGUAUGACCCUGAGGCUGAUGAACGGCGGUGACCGGUGUCAGGGCCGCGUGGAGGUCCUCUACCGAGGCUCCUGGGGCACCGUGUGUGACGACAACUGGGACACCAACGACGCCAAUGUGGUGUGCAGGCAGCUGGGCUGUGGUGGGGCCAGGUCGGCCCCAGGAAGUGCCUGGUUUGGGCAGGGCUCAGGGCCGAUCCUGCUGGACGACGUGGGCUGUUCGGGGCAGGAGUCCUACCUGUGGAGCUGCCCGCACCGGGGAUGGAACUCGCACAACUGCAACCACGGCGAGGACGCCAGCGUCAUCUGCUCAGGAGCUGAUGACAGUUUGGCCCUGAGGCUGGUGAACGGUGGUGACCGGUGUCAGGGCCGCGUGGAGGUCCUCUACCAAGGCUCCUGGGGCACCGUGUGUGACGACUUGUGGGAUACCAACGACGCCAACGUGGUGUGCAUGCAGCUGGGCUGUGGCGAGGCCAGGUUGGCCCCAGGAAGUGCCUGGUUUGGGCAGGGCUCAGGACAGAUCCUGCUGGAUGACGUGGGCUGCUCAGGGCACGAGACCUACCUGUGGAGCUGCCCGCACAGGGGCUGGAACUCCCACAACUGCAACCACGGCGAGGAUGCCAGCGUCAUCUGCUCAGGUCUGCUCUGUGAGGGCAGUGGGCCCUCUGAGACCAACAGGCUAUGCCUUGUAGUUGUCUAUGGUCAGGCCUGA